AAACUAUCAUGGCGUCGAGAAGAACAACAACGGUGCCAAGUAGCUUUAAAAGUUCCUCCACCGACACGAAAAGCUCCAAAUGUAGCGGUGCUGCUAAAGCCAGCAGCAGUGGAAAUGGAAAGAAAGCUGUUAAAUCCAGUGGGACGGUUGUGAAGUCUCGGUACAUGCAGUCUGCAGCUGAGAAGACGUCUCUUUCGAAGAGUAACUCACUGACCAAUGAGUCGUUUGCGGUGCCGGUGAGACCUUCGUCACCGAAACCCAGCGGUGUGAAACCGAGGGUGGGCACUCCACCGAGACGCUCAGUGGCCCCACGAGCUCUCGCAGCAUCAACGAUGUCACGUGAAACUGAACCGUCACUUCUGGGAAGAAGUAUUCUGCAGUCCACUUUCUCAGAUGGGCACUGCUUUCGACCCGAUUUCGAUAUCUCAGCCAUUAAAGAAAAAACAGUGAUUGAAAACGCAGCAGAGCCGGAGAGAAAUCCAGAGAAUGAGAAGAGGAUGGUUGAAAUGCAGACGUUUCUGCUGGCCUACCUCACAGCCAAGAUGGAGAACAGCACUGAAAGACUCAAGAUGGAGGCAGAAGCAAAGAUCCUGCAAGCGAUGGAGGAAGAGGAGAUGCUGCAUAGAGAGGUGGAGGAGAAGAAGCGCCAGUACCUUCUGGCUGAGAAGAAAAGGCUGGUGAAUGAGCUGCUGGAUCUGCAGAUUGCUGCACUGACUCCCGUGGCCGAGGCUGCCAAGCAGUUCACAAGUGACUACAAGUCCUUCGCAACAUCUGUUGACACCACCAGACAUGAGCUGCCUGUCAAGAACUUCUACAUCAACGGGGACGGACGGGAAUUUCUAGAUAAAGCUGAGUCUUGCCUGAAGGAUAGUGAGACAUUGCUGGCGGAGUGCACGGAGGGAGAUCACAAGGACAACAGCACCUCUCUGGAGUGCCUGAAGGAGAUGAAAACGGCAUCAAAGGACAUCAGUGAGCAGCUGUCGGGUGUGUUUUCAGAGCUGCUCGAGCUGUCCUCACUCGUCCGCCAGCAUACGAUCCACGUCCAGCAGGCCACGGAGGAAGAACAGCUCGGCAGUCCAAGAACCAGCGCGCUCUACUGCCCCAAACCGUGAACAACACAGCAUGGAACCACAAUACGUGCACUUUGAAUCCCCCUCCACCCCAAGUUUGUCUGGUUUGGCUGUAUUCGUAGCUUUUGUCUUUGUUUUUCCGUCUGUGUCUCUGCAUUAUGAGAAAUUGUAAAAUGUUGAAUAAUGACUGAUAUG